UGUGUUUACAAGUGUUUGUGAAAGGUGAAAGUUGAAAAUAGAAGUGACGCCACAGUUUUUUCUAAGGUUAAAAAUACUGAAUUUAUUUAAUUACAGAAGCGAGAAGAUUGAUCAAAACCGUGGAUAAAAGGAAAUGAGAGGAAAAGACACGUAACCGGGAGACCCGCAGACCGGGAAGAUGUUCUGUUUCGGGGUUAAAUCCGGGAGGUCGUCGGUGUCUUUACACAAGAUCUUUUUUGUAUCCUUGUUACACAUGAAAGCUCAUCGUGUCAGUCUCUGUCCUCUACAUUUAUGGAGACAUUGUCUCCAUAGUGGGAUCAUUCGCUCUUUGCCAGCCGGACCAGAAUCCUCUCCUCCUUCUGCAGUGACGGACCUGGCUGACAGCGCCUCCUUAGAUCAGAGCCAAGACUCCUCUUCUACUUGGUCUCCUGAGCAAGGACCCCCACCUGCUCCCACCCAUUGCUGCAUGAGUGGUUGCCAUAACUGCGUUUGGAUUGAACAUGCGGAGCAGCUCCUGGCGUAUUAUCAUGAUGGAGGAGAUAGAGCGCUCACUGCCAUAGAGGAAAAUGUUCUUGAUGAGAAUCUCAAGGCAUAUCUUAAGAUGGAGAUCAAACUGCUGAAAAAGACGUGAUGCUUUCCAUGGACUCCCACUCAUGGACUCAUGUGGUCAGAUUUUUAUUCAGUUUAUGGGCUUUAUGUAGACUCAAUAAGUAACUUGUAUUCUGUUUUUUUUGUUUCCUGCAACCAGCC